AUUUAUUAAUACGCAGAGAAUUUCAAUAAUAAGUGUCAAAGAAUUACCAUCAAAACAAAAUGACUUCAAAUCAAGAAAACGACGAUGAUUCAUUCAUAUUAAUUCUUGGGACAUCGCCGAAUGGAACAGUAAAAUGCAGUGGGACCUCGGUAAAUGGCGAUGCCAUGCAAAAAUCACAAAUUGAAGAUGCUAUGAAAAAUUUGCCUGAGGAUUCUAGUCGCGCAUUUAAAGCGCAGUUUCACCUUGGAGAAAGUCCUUCUCCAGCUAGCCUCAUGGUGGCCAGUACCUUGAUAACUGACGACAGAAGUACCGAAGAGUUGCAGAAGAGGUUCGGGGAGCUACUCGACGAGAAUGUUGUACUCAAGGAGACGUUAAAACAGAAUAAUGAUAGCAUGAAAGAGCAGUUUAUGUUGAUAGCGUCCUGUCAAGAGGACAUGUUGAAGACACACAAACUGCACAGAGAAAAGUUUGACGAGACCAGAGAACUGGUUGAGAGGCUACGGAAAGAAAAUAAGCAAAUGAAGCUAGAUCUAUCCAAACUGACUGAGCCCGAGAAGUUGGAUCAGUCACUCAACAAGGAGACGGGGGAGAAUAAAGCCGGGCCGUCGUCUGCUGUGGAGUUUGUCACAUCUCCGGAGGACGAUACAAUCUACAAAUUGACAGCUCAGUUGGAGCUAGUUGAGAAGCAGAGGAGACAGCUAAUUGUUGAGAAUGAAAAGUUGACCUGGCAGAAGGAGUCAUUGGAGAAUAUUGUAGACGCCACAUCUAAAGAGAGAGAUGAAUUGAAGGGAAAACUAAACGAUCUCGAGCUGAAAUGUCACAGUACGGACAACCAACACACGCAAGAGGUGAUCAAGUUGCAGUUCAUCAUUGACGACCUGCAGAAGAAGAUUAAACAGAACUCGUCUGUCCUGCCAAAAGAGAUACAAGAGCGCGACAGACAGAUACAAGAACUCCAGGGCAAAGUGGCGGCACUACAGGCCGAGCUGAGGAACGCUCAGAUGAGGAUAUUAGAUCUGGAAAAUGUCAAGCUGGAGUUCAGUCGUCACAAGUCGAGUGUGUCGGACGCGGUGCGAGUCUACAAUGAGCAUGUACAGGAGUUACGGAGCAAGCUCAAGAAUGUCCAGACCACGGUAUUUCAGCCAGUCCAGAUAUCUAUGGGUUCGGAGAGCACACCGGACCCAUCUUACAUGUCCAACGUGAAACUCUAUGACAGAACCCUUAAACAUCUGGCAGAUUAUCUCAACGGCCUUGUUAAUGGAUUAACAGACGGCUUUGUGCAGACCCUGGCGACUAUUUCCAUUGUACAAGAAGUGAAAAUGGACACGGCCAUAGCUGAUCGUGUUAAGGAAUCCCUCAACAAUAUAAAGUCGACGUUGGAUAAGCAACACAGUUCCACAGCUAGCUUUAUCUCUAACAUUCGCGGGACGCUGUCAAUAUUCGAGGGAAUAUUCAAGGACUACAACGAACUGCUGAAGAAGAAAGUUACGAAUAGCGAACCUAAGCCGGCCAGCGUGGAUCAGCUGACAUCGGCGCUGCUGGCGCGCGCGCAGGAGGUGACGCUGCUGCAGGCGCAGGUGGCGCAGCUCACCGAGCACAAGGACGAGGCGCAGCUGCUGCAGGCCCAGCUCGACCUGUACAAGGCCGACUUCGAGGCGGAGAGAGAGAGUCGGGAGAAGAUGGCGAGCCAGAAGGACUCUCUCCAGACGGACCUGCGGACCGCGCAGAAGAAGAUCAUAGAGCUCACCACGCAGCUUGCGGAAGCACAGAAGAAAGCAGCGACCACCACUGUCACCAAAACCCCCGUGACACGACUGUCUGGUGCCGUCAACCGACCUACCAGCACUGUCGGCACUGCUGCCAGAGGUGUUGCCAGUGCCACUGCCACUGCCAGGCCGACUGCCACCGCUGCCAGACCGGCUGGCAAUUCGAGUGAUAAUGCCGUUCGCAAAAAAAAGAAAGUGGAAGAGAAUACGAUGCACGAGGGGACUCCGCCGCCGCUGCGUUACGACUGCCCGGUGUGCGACCAGCCUUUUAAAACGCUCAUACUGUUGCAGCAACACGUCGAUACUUGUCUUAUGUAACAACAGAAGACCGUGCAUUUAUCCGCGAUGAAAAGUAGCUUAUGUUCUGCCCUGUGCUCUGCCAAAAAUUUUAUUAAAAUCGGUUGCGUAGUUUUUAUGUAUGCGUGCAUAGGCACAGGUAGAAAUAUUACCGAUAACCUUGCACAGCAAUACGUAAAAGAUUUAUUACACUUGGGUUUGCAAUAUAAAGGGCGUACUAUUAAAAUUUAACGGUUAAACCUAAGCCAAACCCAGCGAUUUCUUGUCUUGGCUAGAUUACAGAAAUGUACUGAAGAAAGAGACAGAUAUAGAGUUUUACAUACUGUCUCUUUCUAUUCUAAAAGCAAUGGUUAUUUCUUCUAUUGUUAAAUA